UAAGAGGGGACAGAAGGGAAGGGAAAGGCCGAAGACUGGGAAGGUGGAAAUAAGGAGAGAGGGAAAGGGGCAGCAGCAGCCAGUGCGCAGGGAGGGCCUGGCACAGGGUGCACGGGCUGGAGGAGGGUCUGAGAGAGGAGGAGGCUCAGGUCUCACUGCAGGAGGUGACACAGGAUCUGCACUAGGAAGCGAUCUGCACACAUGGGAUCUGUACGAUUCCUCCGGGAUCAACUCUAAUCUGCUGAGGAUCCUAAGAGCAGCAGUCAGUGGAUCUAUGGUGCAGGGGGGCACAGGCAGGACCCGCACACACAGCACUGACCGGGAUCAGCACCAGGGACAGAACCAGCAGAACCGGGACCUCUGAGGAGAGGAUGAGGCUGGCCGUGCCGCUCUGCCUGCUCCCGGGACUCUGCCUGCUCCCGGGACUCUGCCUGCUCCUGGGACUCUGCCUGCCCGGCUCCGGCUUCAAUGUGGACACACAGUUCCCGGUCAUCAAGCAGGCGGGUGUGCCGGGCGGGAUGUUCGGCUUCUCGGUGGCAUUUCACCAGCAGAGUGAGGGGCAGCAGCGCUACCUAAUGCUGUCAGGAGCUCCCCAAGAUGCAGCGCCCCCCAACGUGAACGUUAACAGAACGGGAGCCGUCUACGCCUGUCCCAUCUCAAUGUCCAAAUCCGACUGUUUUCGAGUCGCCGUUGAUCAGGAAUAUCUGCCUGGUGCCAAUGCAAUCGAGGACAUGUGGCUGGGCGUUACACUGGCAUCACAGGGACCUGGGGGCCGAGUCUUGAUGUGCGCCCACAGGUACUCUGUGGCCCUCAAGUCUGGAGAACAACUCAAGAUGAUAGGCAAGUGCUAUGUACGGGGAAAUGACUUGGGAUACAGUGAUAUCGAUGACUGGCAAACUUAUCAUUAUGAAAUGUGCGACGCCAGCAGUGACCAUCAGAAUACAGGCAUGUGCCAAUUGGGCAUCAGUGGAGGCAUCACUGAAGACAUGUUGUACUUUGGAGCUCCAGGCGCCUACAACUGGCAAGGUACAGACUACGUUCUGCAGAGAGAUAACUGGGAUUUAAUGGAGACUUCCUUUCCAAAGGAUGGUCCUUCUAACAUCUACUUGGGAUACUCUGUACAGGUUGGUAAUGAUGUACUACUGAAAAAUAAGAUGACUGUUGUCUCUGGGGCUCCCCGCUAUAACCAUAAGGGUGCUGUAUACCUGAUGGAAAUGGAGGAGAAAGCCUUGAAGUUGAAACAGGUGCUGAGUGGGGACCAGGUGGGCUCCUACUUUGGCAACAUCAUUGCCCUGGCUGAUUUUAACAAUGAUGGGUGGAAGGACAUAGCAGUUGGUGCCCCCUAUUAUUUUGACCAGAGGAAGGAAGUUGGCGGAGCGGUUUACAUUUAUACCAAUGAAGUUGGGAGUUUUACCGAUAAGCCGUCUUUAGUUUUAUACGGUCCCGCAUACUCUGGUUUUGGUUUUGCUCUGGCGAACAUUGGUGAUAUUAACCAGGAUGGAUUCACUGAUCUGGCUGUGGGGGCCCCUUUUGAAGAAAUGGGCAAAUUGUACAUCUACCUCAGCAAGUCUAAUGGUCUUCAGUCCAAACCCAGCCAGAUAAUAGAUGGAUCUCAGGUUCGUGGGAUACAAAUGUUUGGAUAUUCUGUGAAUGGGAGGAUGGAUGUUGAUGGAAAUUCCUACCCGGAUCUACUGGUGGGCAGUCUGUCUGAUCAGAUCGCUCUGCUCAGAUCUCGACCUGUAAUCAAUAUCUCAAAGGACUUCUCUGUAACGCCAACACUGGUGGACCCUAAUAAAUGUACCUCUGUUUCCUGUAUGGAUAUUCGUCUCUGCUUCUCAUACAUGCUGAGUACAGGUGACGCAAGUAACAAACAGAACAUCACUCUCCAGUACACAAUAGAAGCCGACUCUGAUAGACGUUCUUCUCGAGUGCGAUUCUUAGGGGCUGCUGGAAGUGUUUACAAGGGAUUCUUCUCAAUGCCGGAUACCAAAUGCCAAAAUCUACAGCUUCUGUUACUGGAAAAUAUCCGAGAUAAGCUUCACCCAAUACAUGUGUCACUAAAGUAUAAUAUUUUGGAGCGUGAGCAGAAAAAUCCCAAUAAAAUUGUUAACCUGGCCAACUUCCCUAUCCUUAACCAAGAUCAGAGCACAGAGCAAACACUGGAGAUCCACUUUCAGAAAGAGUGUGGAGCAGAUAAUGUGUGUAGGAGCAACUUACAGAUGAAGUAUGAAUACCUGGGGGCAAACUCCGAACCACUGCCAAGAGUGAAUGGAACUCAGAUUCUCUAUUACGACAAAAAUGUGAAGAGGUUGCACCUUCGAAUAAUUGUGACCAAUUCCCCUACUGCCGCCUCCUCGGCUGAUGAUGCCCAUGAAGCCAUGUUAAAUGUCACUUUUCCAGAGGAACUUUUGUACUCCUCAGUGCGACCAGUUGGACUCUGUACCUUUGAAGGUACGGUCUUGUGUAAUCUUGGGAAUCCUUUUCGAAGGAACCAAAGGGCUGAGAUUGACAUCGUUUUUGAAGCAAUUGGAAUUGUCUUGAAAACCAGAGAGGUGACCACUGCACUCCAGCUGUCCACAUUGAGUAAACAGCCUGGUCUGGAGGAGGAAUAUGCUGACUUCUUGGUAGACUACACCUUAAAGACUUCAUUAUCUGUGCUUCCUCAGAAUCUACAGACCUAUUUCAGUGGCCAAGUGAUGGGGGAAUCGGCCAUGAAGACGCCAGAAGAUGUGGGAAGCCCUGUGGAGUUUGUAUUCAUGGUUAAAAAUGAGGGUGAGCCCCUCAACAAUCUGGUGUCCCUAAUCCUAGCCGUGGAUUGGCCGUACGAAGUGACCAAUGGGAAAUGGCUUCUAUACCUUACGGAAGUGUUGGUGAAAACCAAAAACCAGACACAGUGCCGGCCCGCUGGAGACAUCAUUGACCCAUUACACCUCACACUGUCUGAUGGAAGAAGAAGGAAGCGAGAUACCAUAAAGUUUGAUUUGCCUGAUAUACAGGUUUUGCCAGCUGUUAAAAGACCAAAUACUGUACUGAGGUGUAGGGGUGGAGGUGCCAACUGUGUGCGUUUUGAAUGCCCUUUGACUGGCAUGGAGAUGGAAGCCAGUAUUACUGUGCGUGCAAGAGUGUGGAACAGCACAUUCUUAGAGGAUUAUAGAUAUGCUGACCGAGUCUGGGUGGAAGGAGGAGCAGAACUUUUUCUGAAAACCGAUAUUGACUCCAUAAAAAUGCCAAGCCGCAAAGUAUCAUUUGCUGUCACAAUAGACUCUGAACUAGUAGAACCACCUCCGGCUGAACUCCCGCUCUGGGUCAUCAUUGUAUCAGUGGUAUCUGGAGUCUUACUUCUAGGAAUUAUCAUUAUCAUCCUAUGGAAGGUUGGCUUUUUCCAUCGUGUCAGACAUUACAGCCUGGGCCAAACUCACUAUGCUGUGUGCGUCCGACAAGAAGAAAGACAGAAGCUGUGUGGCAGGCUACCCAACAGCCAAAGACAUUGGGUCACCACCUGGAAAGAGACGGCCAGAUACUACUGAGAGCAAUCUACUGCCAAGACUCAUCGGGAGCUGGACUAUCUCCUAUGACAUUGGCUUCUCAUUGACACUGGGAACAUUGAAAAAAAAGGGUUGGGGGGGGGGGGCGGGAGAGGGACAGCUAUAGAUUAUUUUAUGAAUGACUUUAUAUAGGAAUCUUAUUAUUUUACUAUGCUGGAAUAGAAAAAGACCAACUUAUCCUGUGGCACUGGAAUAUGGACAGCAGAUUUCUAUGUGAAAUGGGCGGGAGGGGGGUUACGAACUUACACUGGAACAGAUUAUCCUUUAGCACUGGAAUUAUGGAGACACUGGAGAAACCUAGGUAAAUGAUCCAGGAGAACAUGGGUACGGAGACCUGGACUAUUCUUUUUUAUUAACAUAGAUAAAAGACACUGUAAAAAAAAGGCCAAUAUAAGUAACAUUUUAUUGUAUAUUUGAGAAAGUACUUCCAGAUCUGAAGCUCUGGAGGAAGCACUGGAAAACUUUUGGGUGACACUGGAUGAACCAAUUCCCUCAUGGAGACUCCUCAUAUAUAUUGCACAUAAUAAAGCUGUAUAUUGUACAAUCAUCCAUAGAAAUAUGGUGGAUGUAUAUGGACCCUAUGUAACCUUGGAGAGCAACAAUGAAUGAGAAGCUCAUCCUAUUGUCAGAUAAUAUCAUGCUCCGUAUCACAUAGCUUGGUAUGACAUAUGGAGGUGUCAUACUCUUCCGGUCUCUCCGUAUUGUUUUCUAUGUUCAUUCCACCCUGAGAUGUUGUAAAUAAAAUAGAAUCGUGAAAUACAUUUUUUGAUGAGUAAA